UUGCCGUUUCCGUCGAUGGCCUACCGGCCCCUCCCUAUUCCACCUACUCGUUGGGGCCAGUAUGACGACUACAGAAACCAACCAGACGGUUACCCUACUUACUCUAACCAGUUCGCAACUCCCCAACUUCCAGCUCCAGGUGGAACACUUCGCGGAACUGGGACAUUGAUUCACAAGGGUUUCUACGAUUUGUUGUCGAUUUUACCGACUCCGUCACCUUCUCGCCUCAUUUGGGGGUCUCCGCCCGCAGACGACCCAGUCUUGGCUGGGCCCAGAUACGAAACCAUCAAACCUGGAAUCCCUCCUGUUCAAACAACACGCCAGUUACCUCCCCCAUCCACCUCGCCCCCAGUCCGUAAAACACGGAGAAUCAGUAAAGACAUGGUCUCGCGUCCAACCGGAUUUGUGCACUUGGUGCAUGCCUCUGAUGCAGACCAGUUCGAAGCACUCCUCACUCGUUGGGGCCCAGAUGGGAUGGGAAAACUAGGUGAUCCUCGGUGGGCAAGUCCGAUUAAGGAGCGCGUCCGCCAAACAAAUCAAGCCAAGGCCGUUAACGAAGUGGUCAACGCUAUGCAACCGUCUCAAGACAGUAAAUACGAUGCCGGAGCUCUUGGUCCGCUUCGUGUUGUCAACGGUGUUAGCGCAACGACCACUACCUCUUCAACCCUAACUACUGCUGCCCGAGAAAAUUUCUUGACAGCGUCUUCUUUCCCUGAAGGGCUUGUUGGUCGGCCCGGUAACUCUACAAUUCGGUGGGGCGGCGGGCUACAGGCUCAUCCUGAAGACGAUGAGCAUCUCACCGAUAAUGUUGAGCCUGUUGAACCACCUCCUCGGAAACCAAUUACUCCGUCACUCGCAACUUUAGAAAAGGCUGUUUCUUGUCGAAUCUAUUUCGAAAACUUGUACUUUCCCCUCUUCCGCCAUCCUCCUUCCCGCGAACAGCGUCGCCUCGCAAUGGAACGUGAUAUGACCGAAAUGCAACUUAGUCAUGGCCAGAAGGAGAACUUGCGAGCGCGAUGGCGGCAGAAUGAGACGGAUUAUCUCCGUGACAAGAGGAGGAGGAUUGAUGUCACAACGUUCAAGAAACUGAAGACCAUCGGACAUGGUGCAUUUGGUGUAGUUUCGCUUGUCAGGGAGCAGUCAACUGGGGAGCUAUACGCCAUGAAGCAGCUGAGGAAAACCGACAUGCUUCGUAAAGGCCAAGAGGGCCACGUUCGGGCGGAGCGUGACAUCCUUAAGUCCGCCUCUCUUGUAAGCUCCCCCGGCGGUGCCGAGUGGAUCGUCCGGCUCUAUUAUAGCUUCCAAGACCGCGAUAACCUUUAUCUGGUUCUGGAAUAUAUGGGCGGUGGCGACCUUCUGAAUUUGUUGAUCGAACGGGAUGUGUUCGACGAAGGAUUUACUCGCUUCUAUGUGGCCGAGAUGAUCCUCGCCAUCGAAUCUUGCCACAAACUUGGCUUCAUCCAUCGUGAUAUCAAACCUGAUAAUUUCCUGUUCGACCCUUCAGGACACAUCAAACUCAGCGACUUUGGCUUAGCAACCGAUCUGCAUUGGGCUCACGAUACGUCUUAUUACGAACAACAGCGUCUACAUCUGUUGCACAAGCAUGGUAUCGACCUUGAGGAUUCAAACGGCAUUGCGGACGGACGCAAAACGAAACGAAUGAACCGCCGUGAUAUCGAGCUUCUCAUGGGCGGUGGAGAUGGUCAAGGCGGAGUCUUCACUUGGAGAGAGAAGAAUGGUCGAAAGCUGGCAUAUUCAGUAUGUGGAACCAACUCGUAUAUGUCACCCGAGGUCAUCCGCGGUCAUGGAUAUUCUUAUUCGUGCGACUGGUGGAGUUUGGGAGUGAUCAUGUACGAAUGCUUAUAUGGAUUCCCGCCUUUCGUCAGCAACUCGCGACAUGUAACGCGUCAGAAGAUCCUCAACUGGAAGCAAUCUUUGCGCUUCCCUGCGCGUCCUCAAGUUUCUCAUGAAGGUGUGAAUCUGAUGCAACAGCUCCUCUGCGAGCCAGAGGACCGUCUGGGUUCCCAGUCCUCUUCUUCUACAUCGCGACCAAAUUCAUUGGUUAUGCAAUCGCGGAGGAGUGGGUUUAUAGCGCCAAGCGGGACAUCGGACGGCGCUCAUCUGAUCAAGGCACAUCCUUGGUUCAGAGGCAUCGAUUGGCUUAAUAUUCACAAGUAUCCCGCGCCGUAUCAUCCGGAGCUUCGUGCGCCGGAAGAUACCCGACAUUUCGACCCUGACAUUCCUCCCGAGCCCCUUGCCCCCGCAAAUGGGGCACCCCCAGAUGCUACCAGAGACCCACUCCUGCGACACGAGGUUCACGGAGCUGAGAUUUUGGACGUGCGAAAAGCACUAGCAUUUGCUGGCUUCACACACAAGAGUCCACGAGUCAUCAGCUAUGUGAGAGCUGACAGAGCUUUCGAUUCUCAGCCAGACUCCUACGGACAAACUCCACCACAGCCCGACUACCCCCAAGAAACCGUUCGCGGACGUUCUGCUUUGCGAGAGCCUCAAGAGGUUGGUAAGGGAAGGGCCAUAUCGAUGUAG